CUAUAAGCAGGUAAAUGAACAGCAGCAGAAAAAAAGAAGAAAUAAUUGAUACAUAAAAACAAAACACUAUAAAAAUAAAAAAGGGCGGAGCUCUGUGUGGAACGGAGAACGGUCACGAUGUAACCUCCUUUAAAUCAAAUCUGCUCUAUCCGGGCGUGAUCCAUCCUUCCCAACGUCUGACUUAAGCCUUAAAGCAGAUCUUGACACACAUCACUUUAUUACUCUUUGGAGAAUUCAUGAAGCUGUGGUGGAGACAUGCCCAGGUACAAAUCUUUAAAACAAGAAUCCAACUUAACCUUCAAAACUUCUUCCAUGCUGUCUCUGAUCAUCGUCCAGUAAGUCUGAAUCCCAGAACAAGCCCAGAAAACAUGGUAGCAAAGCUAUGUCUUACCAAUAAACCUGAACUCAUUGUGAUUAUAUAAGCAAAUUCAACGAUUAAAUAAAAGCUAGUUUGAAUGAAUGACUUACAAGCUGUAGGUCAGAGCUUCAAGCACAAGUCCUUACAGUGUAUACAAAACUAUUGGUGAAAGACCAACUGGUAUUCUCAGCUUCCACGUUUAAAAAAACCCCUGAUUACCCACAGUCCUUUCUGUUUUUUCCGGCUAGGAUAAUGGAGGGGUGUCCGAAACCUGUUCUCCUGCUGUUGAUGGUGGUAACCAUGAAUAUACUGGGAAGUAAUGCUGAGGUUGUGGAAGAAAACACGCUGCAGGUAAAGAACUUGACCAACAAGCUCCUGACAGCCAUUCCUGGUAGUGACAACAGUUCCUCUGUUACUACACUGCUGUUGGAAGGGAAUCUGAUCACUCUGAAUGAGGCAGACAGACGAGCCCUGGCUAGUUAUACCGCACUGGAAGAACUCCGCCUGGAUGCUAACCUGGUGAGCAGUAUCCCAGCCCAGUACUUCUCUGUAACACCACUCCUCAGAGUGCUGUCUCUGUCCAGGAACAAUAUCAGCAGCAUGGAUCCAGACGCUUUAUCCAACCUCGAUGUUCUGACAGAGUUGGACCUGUCCCACAACCUGCUGACAAGUCUUCCUACACGGCAGCUCCAGCAGAAAAAUAUAGAGGUGCUGAGCCUCCAGGAUAACCCCUGGAAUUGUUCCUGUCCCCUGCUGAGCAGCUUUGGAAAGUUCAAAGCAGCUGGAGGUAAAACUGGAGGACAACAUGUCGCCUGUGCUUCCCCAGAAAAGCAGGCUGGAAGAGACCUCUGGGAGGCUGCCAACAUGUGUUUACCAUCAGCACCCCCCAUCUUCACUACAACCCUAACGAAACCACUCAACUCUCAACAGCCAGGGGGCUUGUCAAGCACACCAACAGCAAAGCAGAGCAACAAAGACGGGAAGCCUGUGCUCGGCCACACAUGGAAAUUCACAGCGUGUGUGGCAGCCUUGGCUCUGUGCACCUCCAUGAUCAUUGUGUGCGGCGUUAAGGGCCCUUCCUGGUACAAGCUCUUCUACAACUACCGUCACCGGAGACUGCACCAAGAGGAGGAUGAGCAGGGCGUGUCAACAGUCUUCUCAGAGAAAGGGAGGUACAUGAACCAUCAGACGUUCAACUUCACGCAAGAAAAUGGGCAGCUGGAGGAGGAGGAGGAGGAGGAGGAGGAUGAGUAUUUUGAGGAUCCAUACAUCAAGAGAGAAGACUGACAGAACCAUGAAGAGCACGCUGUUAGUAUUUUCUAUUCUAGGAGUCACUCUGGCUCUGUGGCUCCAGCUGUUCGAUUGUUGUACUGUUUCUGAUAUAACUCUUUCCCAACUAAGAGGCCUCAGUUCCUGGAUGACAGACAGAUGUAAAAUGUGAAGGGCCAACCCAUACUUUGCCAUAAAGAGAGCACAGAUGUAUUUACUUUAUUCACCACACCUAUAGCGGCAUGUUUGUAUAGCAGCAGUGGUGCAAGAGAUAUUCAAAAGCAUGUAAGUAAAAGUAUUGACUGUGCAGUAAUACAACUGCUGUCAGUAUUGUACUGUUAUGUUUGAUUGUAGUAGUUGUUAAAGGUUGUGCUAAUUUAUAUAUUGUACUUCCUAACCACUUAUAUACUUUUGGGUAGUUUCAUCUACAGCACUGCAUCAUAAAAGAUGUGGGAUCCUUUAAAAAAUAUAUAUAUACAGUGGGGAGAACAAGUAUUUGAUACACUGCCGAUUUUGCAGGUUUUCCCACUUACAAAGCAUGUAGAGGUCUGUCAUUUUUAUCAUAGGUACUCUUCAACUGUGAGAG